AUGUCAAUGUGCUCCGUCUCUUCGCCUUCUCUUGCUGGCAUGGCAGGUGUGACUUCUGUAUUUCCGAUUGCGCGUGGUGUCGAACCGUUUGAUUUAUUUCGAUCUUCUCUUCGUGUGGUUUCGGAACAUCAAUCUGAAGAAUCAGAAGAAGAAGCUGGUGCUCUUGGAUUCUACAAGAAUCAGCAAGGGGAUUGUUUUGCUGGAUAUAAACUGAAGACACUUGUCCUACAUGUGAAUGUU